UGACCGUCACGGUGACACAACUCCUACAACAACAAAAGGACAAACCCGCCAUACCAUUUUCACGCUCACUUUUCCUACUUCACGACAGUCAUGGACAACUAUCCAAAAUAUGUUCCAAGUUCUCCUUAUUCUUCACCGUAUUCCAACGAUGUUCAUCAAAGCGCUCGCCGAAUAUCCCGUACUCCUAGCCCAACUCCCAGCGAGAUCCAGGCCCUCAAUCAGAAGGGGUUCUUCAAUUGGAAGUCCAUGUUCGAUAGAAAGAAGAUGUGGUCAAAGAAACGGAUCAUUAUUUAUAUUGCUCUUACUCUCGCCGCCGUUGGCGGUGCCCUCUUCAUAUUCUAUCAUGACCAAAUUGUACAUGCCAUUCAACCCGCUGCCAAUUGGAUGCACAACUUCAAGUUUGGAUGGAUAAUCCCCAUAGCCGUAUUCUUUGUCAUAUCAUUCCCUCCACUCUUCGGACACGAGAUACUGGCUAUCGUAUGUGGUCUCGUAUGGGGCGUGUGGGUUGGUUUUGGCAUAGUAGCAGCUGGCACUUUCAUCGGUGAAGUUGGAAACUUCUACGCUUUCAGAUACCUCUGUUCAGCUCGGGGUCAGAAGAUAGAGAAAGGCAAUGUCAUUUACUCCUCUUUGGGAAGAGUCGUCCGUGAGGGUGGUUUCAAGAUUGCAUUGAUCGCGCGUUACAGCGCUAUCCCGCCUCACUUUACCACUGCAAUAUUCGCAGUAUGUGGCAUGAAUAUCUUUGUUUUCAUGUUGGCUGCGGCCCUCUCUAUGCCAAAGCAGUUCAUAACUGUGUACAUCGGAACUUUGUUGGAAAGUAGUGCCACCUCCACCGCCACUUCGAAGAACAAGAUCAUCAGUGAUGUCGUCGGUGUUGUCACCGUACUGGUCACCAUCGCUGCCAUGUGGUACAUCACCAGACAAAUAAACCGUGUCAAACCACAGAUCGUAUACGAGCGCCGCAAAGCCCGCCAAGCGAAAUUGGACGCCGAGAGCGAAUCAUUGUAUCAAAACGGCGGCGCGAACACUUCUACCGUGUUCAACACCUCAGAUACCACUCUCCCACUCAAUUCAUUCUCAAACACACCAUACGAUCCUCCCUAUCAGCAAUGGGACAGCGAAGGCCGCGCCGUAGGAUAUGCCCCAGACCCACGCAUACACGCGCCUCAACCCAAGAAACCUGAGAACCCAUUCCCCGGUGAUAUGACGCCCACGCUGGGAACCAAACCCCUUCGCCAAGAAAGCACGGAUACCGUUGGAUGGGAGCUACAGGCUAACGCGGCGCAGGGCCAGAGUUACAGGUUGAGCGCGAUCGCUCCUGAGCCGUUACGGAAUCCGUACGGGGGUGAUGGUGAGAUGAAUUCCGAGUCAAUUGUUCCGUCGUAUCCACCCCCGCCUCCUGCUGGACUGCCACCGCCGUCUGGUGGUGGUAUUGCUGCAUAUGCGCCGCCGCCUGGUCCUCCGCCUGGUGCUGGAUAUGCGUUCAGUGCGCCGGGGCAUAGUUUUGCGGGAUCAAGUUCGCCGCCUCUGCCUGGUUAUGCGGCGCGGCAGUAGUUUGUUUGCGGUGGUAAGGAGGCGUGUAUGGACAUUUUUAUCACUGGGCUGGUAUCAGUCUUUCCCCCUGGCUGUUGUGAGCCUCUUCACCCCUCUAGCUAUUACCAGCCUUCACCCUAUGGCUAUCAUCAGCCUCCGUCACUCGUUUGUUCGAUUUCUUUUUCAUCCACAUUACUAUUACUCGAUUUGUGUUCUUAUAAACCCCAUGUGUGCGAUAAAUUACAAGAGUAUGUUAUAGCUAUAAGUACUUGAUACUUGGAUAGGUUGGAUACAGUAUACCCUUUCUCUGAGCGGGUUGACACUAUCGAAACGGUGAAUUCAAUGUCAACCCAUAUUCAACAUCGUUGUAAGUAGUCGCUUGUUUGCUUCAGUUAGGGCAAUCAAUAUC